AUGGCCGAUGAUGGAGUCAAUCCGAAGGCCUAUCCACUCGCUGAUACACAACUUUCUCAGAAACUUCUGGAUCUUGUACAGCAAGCGAUGAACUACAAACAGUUGAAGAAGGGUGCUAAUGAAGCAACGAAGACACUUAACAGAGGAAUAGCGGAGCAGAUGCCGAACCUCUUGGAGAUUAUUCUGCAUUUACCUCUUCUGUGUGAAGACAAGAACGUACCGUAUGUGUUCGUGAGAAGCAAGGCUGCUCUCGGUCGUGCUUGUGGUGUCACUCGCCCAGUGAUUGCCGUGUCCAUAACUCAAAAUGAAGGAUCUCAGCUCAAAUCUCAGAUUCAGAAACUCAAAGAAGACGUUGAGAAACUUCUCAUUUAA